AUCAAAGGAUAAAUGUAAAAAAAAACUAAAAAAACAUGAAGUAUAUCUCUGCAAUGCAAUUUGAAGUAAAAUGUGCCUUAAUGUAAGUUAAACAGUUGGUGUAUUUUUGCCUUACUAGGCUUCAUAGACCAAUUACAACAACGUGUGUGGGAGUUCAGUUAAUGAAAUAUCACCUGGAUAUGACUUUCCAACAAGUAUCUGCUCUAAAUGCACACAUUUAUUGUAAAUGUUUAGUGUUUCUCUAAAUGCUGAUGAUUAACCACGGCUUUUAUUUUGAAGACGUUGACCGGAAGCAGCGUGGUUAGCCCUAUCUACCUUGACAGCUGGUGUCUCUCUUUGCUCCUCUCUUGGCUGUAAAGGACACACAAUGCCUUUCCACGGUGAGGAGGACCUCUCGGUGUGUCUGAGCUGAAGACAGAUGCUGGGAGCUUCUCUGGAGGACUCAGAUGUCGAAGGACAAACCGAGGAGAGUGUGUCCGAGAUAAUAUCAGAAGUCCCCGGCGGACCGACCAUGGGACCGACGGAGCUGCUGCUGCUGCUGCUCGGACUGCUGCUGUGGUUCAGCUCCACUCUGCUCUGUGCAGCAGGCUGCAGUGAGCGAGUGGAGGUCCACACAGAGCGUCGGGGUGUCAUCUACAGCCCCUCCUGGCCUUUAAACUACCCCGCUGGACUCAACUGUAGCUGGCACAUCCAGGGAGGUCAGGGAGAGGUCAUCACCAUCAGUUUCCGUAACUUUGACGUAGCGGAGUCGGGAAGCUGUUUGGGAGACUGGCUCCUGCUGACGCCGACGAAGAGCGGAGAAUCCAGGCUGUGUGGCUCCAUGCUGCCUCCGCCCUUCAUCUCCACCAGGGGGCGCGUUUGGCUCUAUUUCCACUCUCAGGCCAACAGCUCAGGGCAGGCCCAGGGCUUCCGCCUCUCCUACAUCAGAGGUCACCUGGGUCAGAGCAGCUGCCAGUCAGAUGAAUUCCUGUGUGGGAACGGGAAGUGUCUUCCUCGCUCCUGGAAGUGCAACGGUCAGGACGAAUGUGGCGAUGCCACAGACGAACGCAGCUGCUCCCCCCCUCCCACCGAGGCCCGGCCCGGCCUCUGCCCCUUCGGCUCCCUCCCGUGCACCGAGGCCCAGUCCACCCGCUGUCUGCCUGCCGCCCUGCGCUGCAACGGAGCCCGCGACUGUCCCGACGGCACAGACGAGCGAGGUUGCCCCGACACCACCUGUGGCAAACGUCUGGGGAACUUCUACGGCUCCUUUGCUUCCCCGGAUUUUUUCCGGGCUAACAGGAGCGUUGCGGCGGAGCUGAGGUGUUCCUGGUCGCUGGACACCCAGGACCCCAAACCCAUCGUGCUGCAGCUGGACCUGCAGCUGGGGCCCAGAGACUCUCUGCAUGUCUAUGACGGCCUGCUGCAGCGUGCCGAGCACCUCUUACAGGUGCUGUCAUAUCAUAACAACAGGCGCCCGGCGCUGCUGGAGUCCAGCCGGGGACAGAUGAGUGUUUUGUACAUGGCCCAGCCUCGCAGCCCUGGACAUGGCUUCAACGCCACAUACCAGGUCAAAGGUUACUGUUUUCCCGGUGAACGUCCCUGUGGCAGUGAUCAGGGCUGCUACUCUGAACGCCAACGCUGCGACGGCUACUGGCACUGCCCGUCUGGCCGAGACGAGGAGGCCUGCCCGACGUGCCCAGACGGGCAGUUCCCCUGCGAGGGCGGUACCGGUGUCUGCUACCCGGCCUCCGAGCGGUGCAACAACCAGAAGAGGUGCCCGGAUGGGUCGGACGAGAAGAACUGCUACGACUGCCAGCCUGGAAACUUCCACUGCGGGACCAACCUGUGCAUCUUUGAGACGUGGCGGUGUGACGGCCAGGAGGACUGCUUAGACGGGAGCGACGAGAGGGACUGCCUCGCGGCGGUGCCCAGGAAAGUGAUCACGGCUGCCCUGAUUGGCAGUCUGGUCUGCAGCCUCCUGCUGGUCAUUGCCCUCGGCUGUGCCCUCAAACUCCACUCCCUCAGGAACAGAGAGUACAGAGCUUUCGAGACUCAGAUGACUCGCAUGGAGGCCGAGUUUGUUCAGAGAGAGGCUCCCCCUUCAUAUGGUCAGCUAAUCGCCCAGGGUCUCAUCCCUCCGGUGGAGGAUUUCCCGGUGUACAACCCCACCCAGGCCUCAGUAUUACAGAACCUGCGAUUGGCGAUGCGCAGGCAAAUCAGACGUCACUCGACCCGGCGCUCCACCUCCUCCUCCUCUCGUCGGCGUCUUGGGCAUCUGUGGAGCCGCCUUUUCCACAGCGCAGGACGAACCAGAGGCAACGCCCCCCUGCUCGACUCUCCUGGACCCACGCAGAUCGCACUGGGGCUCCACAGCUACCGAACUGUGCAGGGCUCCCGGGCGAGGUGCAGGUCUGGAGCUGGGCUCGGGGAAGAGGUUGAUGUAGUUUUGGGUAUGCGGGGCUCCUGCUGCUCAGCCACUAUGGACCUGCAGUCCUGCUCGCCAGAGAGCCCUGCAUCACCUCUCUCCUCACAGUCAGCGGACAGUCCAGAAGAGGAACUGUCACCUAUGAGCAGGGGAAGCAGUAGGGCUCCGCAGUCUGAGCUCCCCACCCCUGUUCAGAGUGACUCUUCAGCCCACAGCGGACCCCCUCACACUUCCCAGGAAGCCUCUGUACCCCCAUGCCACACCCGGCCAUCUAGGAAACUGGUCCUGGAGCUCGCUGUUAACCUAAAGGGUGUUUCCUUGAGACGUUACUCCCCCUUGGGGCCCUUGUCCCCUAUCUCACCCCCUGUGUUUCCCAGCAGCUCCCAGACACCCACAACAACCCACCAUCACCCCUGGGGGCUGGAGGUGACUUCACCUUCUGAGCCCUCAUCUUCUUCUGUGAAAGCAGAGGACAGCAACAGCCACUUUACCGUGGAAGUGCCAAGCAGGGAAAUAAGAAGCAGGGAUGAGAGGAGGAGGGAGGGCAAAGGCAAGUUCUGCAGGUUCAGCAGGACCUUCAGUGACGAGGGAGGAGAUUCAGGGAGGGAGACGACGCCAUGCUGAAGAGUUUAUGAAGACGCUCUUCUUCCCCCUCGCUCUGUUGAGACCUGGUAUCAGCAAUAUCUGCUCUGCUAAAGUGUCCUUGAAAUGUGUCCCUACCAGACCCAGAGGUGAGGCUCGUACCUGAGCCCACCACAUGCAGGAGAAUAUAAUUAGCUCGUGUCCAUUCAACACUUUGAGAGCAUAAAAUUCUGCAUAUGCAGUGUUUUGCUAAGAUGAAUAAAACCAGCGUUGGUAGUGCUUAUGGUCUGUGUUAUACAGUAAACCUUCUUGUCAAACAGGAGCUUAAUGUCACCUCCCAUAAUUAAAUGCAAACAGACGUCAUGAGCCUGUUCCAGAAAAUCAAACUCACUUCUGGCCACCAGUAGUACCAAUACCAUAUUGGCAACAUGUUCUUAUAACGCCAAAGCAGCCUUUGCGUCGUUACCCAGAGCCAUUAUGCACCGCUAUAUACUGUGAACCAUGAAAGCCUGUUCAGUGAUCACAAAUGAUUUAACCUGAUUAAUGAACCUCUAGUCUGUCUUAUUCCCACUUUAUUGUAUGAAGUGGUGUUAUUAUGAUUAAUAUUAUUAUUGUAUGACAUUUCUAGAAGGUCAUGGUUGGCUGUUGCUUUAAAGGAUAAUGCUGGUGGUGUUUUUGUUAUUGUCAACAAAUCAUAUGAAAAGGGCCAAAACCAAUAUGAGUAUGUCCAUCACUUUAUGCUUUUCAACUGUCAACGGUAUGUGUACAUACUUUUAUAUUUCAACAUGGCUAAAUAAUUUCCUAAAAAUAACAGGAGUACUGAACGUUACUCAAACAGGAGUAAAUAGUGCAUUUGUUGGAGACUAUUUUCAGCCGCAGAUUAAUACACAUUUGGUGAACUAGUGAGUAUUUGCGCCGGCAGUAUAGUGUGAGUGGGAUUGAGUCGAAAUACACUACAGUGUGUGUGUUCAUGGUAAUGAGGUAACAUGUCAUCCAGUGCAGCGAUAUGGCUCAUUGAUGUCUUUCUAAUUGUUUUUUUGGACAACAAUGGAGCUCUAUGACACAGAGGAACAAGCUACAUCAGGCUACACAGACAAUACUUGUAGGAUCAAAGGGACAUUGUGUAACAUUCUGG